AUAAAAUGUAGUCUAUAUACAAAAGUUAAAAAAAAAAAGGUAAAAACAAGUCAAUCAAUUCGUGUGUUCCUCCUUGUACCAACUCCCUCCCAAUCACUAUCAUUUCUGACUCGAGGAAAACAUUCUCCAAACUGAUGGCCUCUCAAAGAUUACCCUAUCAGGUGCAAACCGCUGACACGUUUCCACCCACCACCAACAGAAAAACCUCACUGUGCCCAAAUCCUUAGCCGCAGAUACUCCACUGACAGGCAUUACACCAUCGCCCCUGCUACGAAGAUCUGCCGCUGCGUUAGAUUCAGGUUUCAUAUUUAUAGCUACCCUCUGGAUCACACCAACGUUUUAUCAGAACGCGAGGUAUUCCACGUAAAAAAAAAUAUAUAUAUAUUUUCAUAUUCGAUUUUACGCACUUGUCCCCUUUUGCCAUUUUCCCACUGUGGAGUCGGAAGAUUUAAAAUGAUCCUUGCAAUGUGUAGAUAUCCCCCGCAGGUACGGACGGAACUGAAGUACCUCUGAUCUUUGGAGGAGCACCUUUGGGAGGAAAGAGGGUGCGCGCAAUGGAUUUUUAAACAAGGGGAAAUCUACUAAGCAAUGGUUGCAAGUUGAAUAUUUCCGCGCCUGGCAAGACACCGCUGUCUAAACGGACCGUGAGAGCGGAGCUAGGAGAUUUGGAGGCGGACAAGAAACAAUACGUUACCUUUUCCCUCUGGAUCAUUUUCUUACAACAAGGAAGCACCUAAUGUUGCAUGCAGUGACAUUUUUGCACUCCAGUUAUUUAUCAUUACACUGGGAUUCAAAGGCACCUCCGGGAUUGUGUGCGUAAGGACGCUGGCGGGUCUAUCCUCAACUUCUCUCGGGGCUUUAAAACUGUGGAAACAGGUGUAUUUCAGCAAGUCAAGAUGUCUGUUGUGCCUUCGAGGUUCAUAUACCUGUGUUUACAUUUUCUGGUCCUCUAUUUCCAGCUCCAGGAAUCUCAACAGAGCUCAGCCGAUUUCAGGAUCUAUAUUGAGAACCACACGCGGAACCCAGACGACCUGAGCCGGAAGCAGAUCCGUAUCUACCAGCUGUACAGCCACACCACGGGCAAGCACGUCCAGAUCCUGGGCAAGAAGGUCAACGCCAACGGAGACGAUGGGGGCAAGUACGCUCUUCUUGUUGUCGAGACGGAAACCUUUGGGAGCCAUAUUCGAAUAAAAGGGAAGGAGAGUGAGUAUUACAUCUGUAUGAACAAGAAUGGCAAAAUAGUUGGAAAGCUCAAUGGAAGGAAUCAGGAGUGCGUCUUCGUGGAAGAAUUCUUGGAGAACAAUUACACAGCUCUCGUGUCGGCCAAGUACAAAGGGUGGUACCUAGGCUUCAACAGGAAGGGGAGGCCCAAAAAAGGAUCGCGGACCACACAAACACAACAGGAAGUGCAUUUCAUGAAACGCCACCCGAAGGGCAAGGUGGACCCACUGGAAGAGUUCCGUUUCACGACAGUAACUAAGCGGACACGAAGGGCGCGUCGCUUAAAACAGAACCCCGAAACGAACUGAUGGUCCGAUGGGACAGCAGACACACUGUUUUCCCAAGGAAAUCACGAGAUUCUUGCCUUAAAACACCUUGAAGACUUUUGUAAAAAAAAAAGAAAAAAGAACGACGACAAAAAAAGAACAAACAUUUCAAAGAUGUUUUAUUUUUAUAUUUCAGGAACAUUGAACAUCUCCCAAAUGUUGGGUGUUUCUGGGUUGUUAUAAUUAUUAUAAUGUGUCUUAUUUUAUUUAUAUCGGAUAACUAAGGAUGACAAAGGGCCCUUAUUGCUUAUCUUCAGCUCCUUUGAAUUGCAAACUGAAGGCAUAUUUCUGACAAUGAGGGUGGGAAGCAUGAGUUUAUAAAUGUUAUAAAAAGAAAGUGCUAGAUUUGAUUGGAAUACCUGUCAGUUUUGUUUGUGUCAUCCCCCCCGACAACACGGAUCCCGUAUUUCUACUGGAAUCAGAUGCCAGGGAGACGAGACGGAAAGAGGUGACAGUGGCAGGUGACACAGUCUACCUAGAUAACUGUGCAGCUUUGAGUGCAAUAUUUGACAGUGCCCACUCUCCCUCCCCCAACUCUCCCUCCGUGUUGAUACCUUCUGCCUGAAUCGUUGCCUACUCUGGAUGGAAUGCGCUGAACACGUUGUGUACAGUGUGAUUUCCUUGACAUUUUUUUUGUACAACUGAUGAUUCAACAUGCUUUGACUAGCCAGGCAUCAGACAGACGGGGUUGUAGUUUUGUUUAACCUGAGUUGAUGUGGCUCAGAAGUUAACUGGCUAUUACGAUGGGAAACGUAAUAUCACACCUUUAGCCUUACGCGUCUUACUGUGGUAGAAAGUUGGAGAAAAAAAGCCUAAUGAAUACUGGACAGCUUUUGAAACAUUGCCUUAUAUGAUGUUAUCUGAUAUACUUCAGAAUCUUUUUUUUUUUGACACAGAGCAAGCUUUCUGUUAUUAUUAACAUCUGCAUACACCAAUUUUGCCCUGCUUUUCAUAGGCCUACAACCAAAAGGUGGAUUGUAUUUCUGGUUGUUCAUGGUGCACCCCAAGCACCCAUGUUCAAAGAGACAUCCCAAAAACGGUUAAUCUUUAACAAUGUGUUCAACCAAGCCAGUUAUAAUGUCGAGAGCACUGAAUUGUUCAAAUGUGUACUUAGACAGGUAUAGAGUCAUCCUAUCCACCCACUAUCUCUGUAUUGUAAGACCUAACUCUCAAACCCUGAAAACCGUACAACCAGAAAUAUGCUUAUUUUGGAUUCAGGAAACAGACUGCAGCCAUUACUAGACCUGACAACCAGGGGAGUUGUGAUCCCUACAGAACAUUGUAGAUCAUUACCAUAGAUGACAAAGUUCAGCCUCUAUGCCUGGGUAGAGCCGUAGUAGCCUAUAUAUUUGUCUACCAUCUGACAGGUUUUGUAUGAGAUGCUACUAACAACAUGACACAUUUAUGUUUUUUUUUUAAUGUUUUUAAAUGUAUGCAAAACAAUUUUAAGACUAUUAUAAGAUAUUUAUUGCCUUUGUAAAUACAAUGUGAUGAAUUUAUUUGGCCUCUGUUAAUAAAAUGAGGACUAUAUUUAAAACCA